AUGGGACUUCCAUCACAAUCACACCGGCAGUUCGCCAGCUUUGCGAACUCCUCGGAUCCGGUGUUGAAGCUCCCUCACCCAUACCAGACAGCCUAUUUUGUGAGGAAGACGAGCGAAACCAACUUCUACCAACUCGCGCCUCGCAAUCCCGAGCCCGGCGAAAAGCAACCUCCAACAGCCCUCCACAAUGCCGCCGUCUCCUUCUCCGAACCUCAAGACCCAAAGUUCGGUGAUCGCCCUAGCGAUUCGAACAACACAGCGUGGGCAAGAGCGCGGCGUAACCCCGUGGUAACCGUCUCCUGGACUGGGUCUCAGGCCCCAACGGUUGGCCAGCUCUGGCUCAUCACCUACACUGUCUUCACGGUGCGCCCAAGCGAGGAAGCUUUUCGUCUCGAUUUACAAGGCUCCGCCUCGGAGAGGCUCGCACAACACCUCAAAAAUCUCGGACUCGCCGUUGAUCACCCAUCUCCCCCAUUGUCCCAGGAUGCCGCUCCUACACAGCAUGCAUCACCGCCACCAACACCGACAAAUACUAGCUCUGAGCUACUCCUCUCGCGCAGUGCCUUCUGGCAAGGCGCCGCCUCGCCCUUCGGUCCGCGCCCGGCCUGGGCGCCCGAAGAGCAAGAUCCCGAGUUUGCUUCCUACCCACUCCCUCCACCGGAAUACAUCAUGACCGUCACUCCGACCACACCGACAUCAUCAUCCUCCUCCUUCCCAUCCUCCGCCUCAUCCCCUUCAGGGCCCAUCACAUCCUGGCACCCACGGCGGCGCUCCAAGCCCGCACCCGGCAGCGUCAUCUACAGCCGAUGGAUCCCCCACCUCCGAGAGACCUUCAGCAUGGUAGCUCUGGACUGCGAGAACCCGCAGCACGCCGAGUUGUUCCACACAUGGCAGAACGAUCCGCGCGUGUCGCAAGGGUGGAACCAGACGGGCACGCGCGCGCAGCACGACGCGUACCUGCGGCGGCUGCAGCAUGAGGAUGCGCACCAGCUGGCGGUGCUGGCGCGGUUUGAUGAGACGUUCUUUGCGUACUUUGAAGUGUAUUGGGCUAAGGAAGACCGCAUUGGCUCAUAUUACGCCUCACACGACUACGACCGCGGCCGGCACAGUCUGGUAGGCGACGUUCGGUUCCGCGGCCCACACCGCGUUAGCGCGUGGUGGUCGAGCUUGAUGCACUAUCUGUUCCUGGACGAGCCGCGCACGGCGCGUGUCGUCGGCGAACCCAAGUAUACCAACAGCUCGGUGCUCACGUAUGAUCUGAUUCAUGGGUUUGGGCUGGAAAAGUUUAUUGAUCUGCCGAAUAAGCGGUCUGCGCUUAUGAGUUGCUCGCGCGAGCGGUUCUUUCAGCUUUGCCCGUUGGAUGAUAACGAGAAGACUAUGGGCGGGACUGGGGUUGGGUUGGUGCCGAAGUUGUAA